AUGCACUACGAACAAAAGCUUGACAAUCCAAAGGAAUACCCAGAAGGUGGCAUCUUGGCCAAUCUAGUCGUACUGGGCAGUUUCAGCGCCAUAAUGGGCGGACUAGGGCUCAUGAACAGUAUUGGCAUUUACCAAUCAUGGAUCUCGACACACCAACUCGCCUCCAUCAGCGAAGGACAAAUCGGCUGGAUAUUCGGACUCUACAACUUCUUCGUCUUUUUCUGUGGUAUCCAAAUCGGUCCUAUCUUCGACGCCAAGGGCCCGCGUCUGCUUAUGUGGUUUGGCUCGACGCUACUCAUCCUCACUUUUAUACUGCUGGGCUUUUGUCGUGUGUACUGGCACUUCUUAAUCGUGAUUGGGAUUUUGGGUGGCAUGGGGACAUCGUUCAUAUUCAUUGUUCCCGUCGCGAGUAUCGGCCAUUUCUUCUGUCGUCGCCGAGGCGCCGCUACGGGGCUGGCCAUGUCCGGAGGCAGUAUCGGCGGCAUCCUGUUCCCUCUGGUCCUGGAGACUCUAUCUCCCCGUGUGGGAUUCGCUUGGGCGACUCGUGUUGUGGGCCUCAUCAUGCUGGUGCUUCUCAUCCCUGGAUGCCUUCUCAUCAGAUCCAAUUUCCCGCCCAAACCUCCCUCGCCUCCCUCGGCCAAGGUGUUUCUGCCCGAUUUUAUCAUCCUCAAAGACCCCGUCCUCGCUCUGACUACGAUGGGCGUGUUCUUUAUUGAAUGGGGAUUCUUCAUCCCGCUCGAAUACAUCGCCUCCUACGCUCUCACGCAUGGCGUGUCGCGCCGUCUCGCGUACCUGAUGGUUGUUUUCCUGAAUGCUGGCUCUUUCUUCGGGCGCUGGCUACCGGGGAUUCUGGCGGAUAAAAUUGGCCGUUUCAAUGCAUUGAUUCUGACAAAUUGUCUGUGCCUAAUUUCUGUGCUUGGUGUGUGGAUGCCUGCUAAGGGAAACCUGAUCGCGCUGGUGAUCUUCUCUGUAGUUUUUGGUUUCGCGAGCGGCAGCAAUAUCAGUCUGGUCCCUGUUUGUGUGGGCGAGUUGUGUCCCUUGGAGAAUUAUGGGAGAUACUAUACCACUGUGUAUACAAUUGUGAGCCUCGGGGCUUUAACUGGCGUUCCUAUUGCUGGCGAGAUUAUCCACCAGUGCCGGGGAGAGUACUGGGGGUUAAUUGCGUUUGCAGGAUGCGCUUAUGCUGCAGGGCUGGCUUGCUUUAUUGGGGCGAAGGUAUUGCAAGGUCGGAAAGGAAAGUGA